CAACCUUCUCUGUCAAACUCAGUCUCUCCUACUCUCUCUCUCUCAUGAUUUCCACCCAACAGAAUCGAUGCCCUAUGGUUUGAUCCGUUGUAAAAAAUGUUUUCUUUCUUUUCUGAUCUCUCUCUAUUCUGUUCCAGCACACCCAUUUGUAUUUCUCAUUUGUACUGACAUGAAUGUCUAUGUGAGGAAUGAGUUUGUUUGGACUGUAGUGUUGAUAUAUACAGUGAAUGGGGGAAGACAGGGUGUGAUGGAUAGAGGAAGGAGUUGGUAACUUGGCCAUGGGGUGGCAUCAGAUAAGCACUGAGUGUACUAGCUUUCCUGUGGAGCAUUAUGGUCUAGAGUAGAUAUGGACAUGAGAUGGGCAUUUGAGUAAUUUUGUAGUUGACACAAAAUUAUAAAAUCACACAAUUAUAUAUUGAUUAAUUAAUCCUCCUAGGCUGUUUGGAUAUUUUUUGACCAGUUACAUUUUUGAUUAUUUAAUGAAAAUGGUUUCCUACAUCUGAGUCAUUCAGACUUUUAGAUGCAAAAAAGCAAAACAAUAAACUUCUUACAAAAAAAAAAAAAAGCCAUAACUUGACUGUUCAGUCAAAAUUAAGCAACCAUGGGAAAUGAAUGGGAAAUACCCAGUACCCAUACACAACUUUUUGGUUAAUAUGAAUAAUAUUAAUCUAUGUAUCAGCCACAAUUUUGAACAAACCCAACUAUGAAACAUCCAGAGUGCAAAUGAUUCAUACCCACCCAAAAGUUACACUUUUUCUGUUUGCAAGGGGAAACAGUCGCAAAAUUACCCCAGUUCAGGAGGGUAAAAAGUGCAUAAUUUUAUUGUUACUACUUCACAUAAGUAAGGUGCGACCACUACUUCACAGAACAGCCCAAGUGAGACCAUUUCUGAACAGCUUAGGAGAGUUCGAUUUCAAUUGUCAUUUUAAAAUAAGUAGCCUAUUCAUUACAGAAUUAAGAUUUAAAAAAUAAAAUAAGGGAUUGAUUCAGUAGGAAGUGUUUCUACUACUUGACUGCUCAAUUACUCAUGAACAUCCCUGAUAUGGACAGACAUGUUUUUAUGUAGCCCAGGAUCAAAGAGAAAUCAAAACAUAAACACUCAUGAGAUCUUCUUGAUCAAACAAGGUAAAGGCAUUCAUUUACUUUGUGUUCUUUUGUAGUGCCUUCGUUGAGGAAGAUCAGCUCUUUCGUUUCUUUCUCCUUCCGUCUGUCCUCUCCCAGUUCCCCCUUUACUUUCUCCCCUGCACUUGACUUGUGGCCUGCAGAAUGUCAGAGAUGCUGUAUUCAUGCAGUCUUGUUGUCUGCAUUCAAUUGUUGUUUGGUUUGCAUGUGUGUGAGAAAGUAGAAUAACAUGCACAUGAGCCAUUCUUCCCUAUCACUUUGUCUCUCAUUGCGCAAAAAGCAGAGUUGAAAUGUACAGAGAGUAAGGUUUAAUGUAGACUUUUCGUAAGCAAAUUGUAACAGUUUGGCACUUGUGAGCAAAAGUCACAUUAUAUGAGUAAGGAAACACAGUUACUUGGAAGGGAGUGUCUUUUUUGGACAAGGACAGAGUAGAUGCUUAAAUUUCCCCCAAGACACAGAAACGUUAGACCUCUAUAGACUCUGUUUUUGGUCAUUACCUCAUGCUGAUGCAGUCAUUGGCAAACCAAGGUCUGUGUAGAAAUUGAUCAGGAGUUUCUGAGACACACGCACACAUCUUAUCGCCUCCUCAGGAUGCAUGUGUGCUGCAGUCACGCUGCAAAGCCUGCAGGAAAUAAAGCACACAAUGAGGAAUGCUAGCAUGCGUCAUCCUCUUAGUGCAUCAAUUUAAUAGUAAGUGCAGAAUAAAAUGUAGUGUAUUAUCGCCUGAAAGGAUUUUUAGAUAUUUGAGCACAUUUCAACAGGAGGAAAGAUUUGCGAUGUUCUAGGUCUUGAUCUCUUUCUUUUGUUCUUUCCCUUUAUUUCUCACUACAACUUUGGAGUGUGUUGAAGGUUUUGUUUGUUUGCACAGAAACAUGAAAACACCCUCAUGUUUCAGUAAAUUGAUCUGCCCACAUGUAAAUCAGGACGAUCUGUUCUCAACACAAGGUGAAAGAAGGCAAACCCAGCUGCCUUGUUACAAUGACCUUUACAGAUCGUUUUAGCAGAAGGUUUUGAUUCAAAGAGAAAUUGCUCUGACAGAAAUCAAUGAUAGGAAUAUGAAUGGCUCUCUCAGGACUAGGGCUGGGUAUCGAGUUCGAUACUUUUUAGUAGGGCUGCAACAACGAAUCGAUUAAAUCGAUAAAAAUCGAUUACUAAAAGAGUUGGCAACGAAUUUCAUAAUCGAUUCGUUGUGUCGCGCGACGCGGAGACGUUUGAUUAUUAAAAAAAAAAAAAAAAACUUUAGUUGAGCGCGGAGCAGAGUGAACACACUCGGUCUCUCUCGCGCACUGAUGCUAGCAGAGUUCGGCGCCUCAUAUAGGCCCUGUCCCAAAUGGCGCACUUCAUGUGGACUUUCGGUCUCGUGGACUUAAAUUGCGCGUGCUCGCCGAGUCUACGAGUCCGUAGCCCGUCCCAUUCAGCAUUUUAACGCUCUGAAGUGUGCUCAGCAGCACCCCCUUUGUACCCUUGAAGCGGUCUUCCGCGAAGCCCGCAUAGAUGCAGGCUCCGCACACUUUAACUACCCAGGAAUCUUUGCGAAAUGCCAAUCAGACAACGGAUGGGAGGAGAUUUCGCUCAAGAGCAAUUGAUGACAUGGCUGAGAAGAAAAUAUUUAAGUGUAGGUAUCAUUACGGUUUUUAUGACCUAGGUGUACAUUUUACCAGUUGUUACCUACAGUUUAUACAAACAUUAUGGUCAUCGACCAGUGGUUGAUAUCUCAAACAUAAUAAUAGCGCGUUGAAUAAUACGAUCGCAUUAUGAUUCAUUAAAUAAAUAGAACCGAAUGUCAGGGCUUUACUGAGUCAUAUGUAAACCUAGUAUAUUUAAACCUGUAAAUUCAUCUGAAACUCACGCACAUGUUUAUUAUGUGUUAAAAUUGUAAUCUUAGUUCAAAUGGAACAUAGGCAGCAUAUUCCCCGAACCUGCAGCUCCUGUCAAAAAACAACCAGACCGUUAUUUCCGGCGUGACGAUCGAGUCUGUCCCAAAAAUACCUCUCAAUGCGCCCUCGUGGACUCGCGCCAAGGGCCCUAUAGGUCUGCACUACAUGACGUCACCAAAGUGUGGACUCUGAGGAAGUCCACAAGUCCGGAGUGUGCCAUUUGGGACAGGGCUAAAGACAGGGCGGAGCAAAAAUUUAAAAAAACGAGCGGAGGUAGAGGAAAGAUACAUGGCGGAGGCAGAGAAAUCCGUGCGACCCAAGUCAUCCAAGGUGUGGGAGCAUUUCACACUAAAUAAACAGAAAAAGUGUGUUAACUGCAAAAUAUGCAAAAGCGACAUGGCAUGGCACGGGAGCACCACGGCAAUGAUCCAGCACCUGAAACGCAAACAUGUUGGAGUCUUUGAUGAGGAGGAAGGGAGUUCAACAGCAGGAAAAAAACAGCAAACCAUGAGAGGCUUCUUGAUGGGAAAUGCAUCAUGUACACCACAGCAAGCCGCUGUCUUGACGGAUAGUAUCCUCAACAUGCUCGUCACUGACAUGAGGCCUCUGUCGAUGGUUGAAGAUGACGGCUUCACUAAAAUGAUCCACACCUUGAACCCUGGUUACACUCUGCCCUCCAGGACUCACUUCACAAAGCUCAUGGAGAGAAAAUAUGAAGAGACAUUCAAGGAAGUGAAAACUGCAAUAAACACCAACAACAGCAAACUUGCUCUCACCACUGAUGUAUGGACAAGUGUAGCAACUGAAGCCUACCUUGGCAUUACAUGCCACUACAUCACAGAUGACUGGGACAUGCAGUCAUUCUGCCUCACCACCAUGCCACUGCAGGACAGACAUACUGCAUCUAACAUUGCAGAGUGGUUGGAGCAGGUAGUGGCCAGAUUUGAAAUUCCUCCUAGCAAAAUCAUUGCCAUAGUCCAUGACAAUGGUGCUAAUAUCGUGGCUGCAGCAAAUAUCCUGGAGGAGAAGCAUGGGUGGUCCUCUGUCCGUUGCACUGGCCAUACUUUGCAACUUGUGAUCAAUACUGCGUUGAAGCAUCCAAGCAUUGAAAAAGCUGUCGGGGCUGCAAGAUGUCUGGUAGAACAUUUUAAGAAAAGCGAGCUAGCCAGCAGUAAACUCAGAGAGAAACAACAACAAAUGGCCACACCAGAGCACAGCCUUGUUCAAGACAUAAGCACAAGGUGGAAUAGCACAUUCUAUAUGAUAAGUCGACUGCUUGAGCAAAGGUGGCCUGUAACAGCAACACUGUCCGACAGCUCUGUCACACAGAGAGGCAAAAGGUACCUGGAUCUGAAACCAGACCAGUGGAGCCUGCUGGAAGAGCUUUCAACAGUCCUCAAGCCUUUUGAAUGUGUCACUGUGUUCAUGAGUGGACAGAAAUAUGCAACAGUAUCUGCAAUACCUCCACUUGUGAAGGGGCUGUUGAAGUCCACCCAGAGUGCUGUCUACGAGUCAGCCCCGCUGCGGGCUUUCCAACUCACUGCGGUGCAGCAGUUGCAGGAGAGAUGGAAAAGGGAGACUGCUUUCUCAGAUGGAGCACCAAACACAGUGAUUUUUGCGAUGGCCCUUGACCCAAGGUUUAGGAAACUGAGCAAGUUUCUUUCACCUGAUGAAAUCCUACCUGUUCAAACUAAACUGCAAACAAUGUCACUUGAAGAGAGAAGGAAGAUGGAUGUGCAGCAUCAUGGCAGUUGCAGUGUUGUUACCUCCACCAAUACUACAGCUACUGAAUCAACACCUCUAGUAGCCACUCUACUUGAUUCACUCCUUGGUUCUGAUGGUGAAGAAGAGGAUAGAGCAGGCGAAGCUGAGGAUGUCCACAGCCAAGUGAGGAACGAAGUCCUCACAUACUUUGGAGAAAAGAGCCUUGCCAAGGAAGAAAACCCAUUAUUGUGGUGGAAGGCUAACAAUGAAAGAUAUCCCAUGUUGGCCAGGCUAGCCAAGUCUUACCUCUGCAUCCCUGCCACCUCAACACCAUCUGAGCGGCUGUUUUCUGCAGCAGGCAACAUAGCCUCAAAGAAAAGAGCGAGCCUGAGCCAGGAGCAUGUGGACAUGCUCACAUUUUUGCAUUGCAAUGCAAAGUGUCUGAACAAAGGGAGUGAGAGAGAGUAAGUGUGUGUGUGUGUGUGUGUGUGUGUGAGUGUGUGAGUGUGUGAGUGUGUGAGUGUGUGCGUGUGUGCGUCU